AUGUGCAACCAUGUAUGGAGCACAUCUUUAUAUCCAUGGACUAUAAUGGUGAGUAGAAGAUUACAGGUGGCUGGUGAAACAUUCAACAAGAUGGCACCAAGUAAGAUUUGUGGUGAUUCUGAUGUAGAGGAUCUGUUGAAGGAGUUGUACAAAGCUAAAGAAGUGAUUCCUUUGUAUGUGUGUGUCAAAAAGAAUAAUGAUAAAGGAAAGAUGAAGCUUGUCAAUGAUGGUGAUGGUGAUGGAUUCACUGGUGAUGAUGUUGAAUUUGGUUGUGAUGAUGAUGUUACUAUUUUGGGUGUCAUAGAAGCAAGUCAAAAUAGUGGCAGACAUGAUGGAUCUGAUUUUAAAGUGGGUCAACAUUUUGUGAGUAAGGAUGAUUUGAGUUAUUAUCUUAGCAUCAUUGCCAUCAAUGGGAGAUUUGAAAUGCGAACAACCAAAUCAACCAAGUCUGUAAAGGAGGUUCGUUGUAUAGUGAAAAUUGCUCAUGGAGAACAAGCAUCCAGUCGUGUUAUUGGUUCUUGUGUACAGGGACACUUUAAGAAUAGUAAGGACCCACUCAACCCAAGAAGCCUCGCAGGAUUCAUGCCUGAGGAAAUGAAAGUUCAAGUCAGUUAUUGGAAAGUUUGGAAAGGAAAACAAUGGGCUCAAAAUUUGAUUAGAGGAACGGCCAAAGAAAAUUUUUCCUUGCUCCCUCCGUAUUGUCACAUGUUGAAGCGGGCAAAUCCAAGUAUAGUAACCCACAUUGAACUUGAUUUAGAAAAUAAGUUCAAGUACUUUUUUAUGGCUUUAGGUGUGGCCAUAAGAGGGUUCACUUACAUGAGGAAAGUAAUUGGUAUUGAUGCGACUUGGAUCAAAACUAAGCAUAAGGGUGUGUUAUUAGUAGCAACUACACAAGAUAGUGAAUAUCAUACUUACCCCAUUGCAUGGGGUUUGGUUGACAGUGAGAAUAAUGCUUCAUGGACAUGGUUCUUAGAGAAGUUGAAGGAUUUGAUACCUGAUAGCUCAGACUUAUGUUUUAUUUAUGAUAGACAUCAAAUUAUCAAACAUGAAGUUCGUCAUGUUUAUGUUAUGGCUUCUCAUGGGGCAUGUUAUUGGCAUGUAAAACAGAAUAUAAAACACCGUUUCAAAAGUGAUGCAGGGACUAAAUUGUAUAAGAAAGCUGCAAUAGCGUACUGUAUCGAAGAGUUUAAUAAACACUUCGACCAACUUCGCAAAAUAUAUCCACGUGUCGCUAAGUAUCUUGAGAAUGAUGUCAAGUUCAGAAAGUGGUCUAGAGCACAUUUUGGUGGUAAUCAAUAUAAAGUCAUGACCACUAACAUAGUUGAGUCAGUGAACAAUUUGAUGUGA